GAAAAAGAGAGAAAAGAAGAGGAGAGAAGUUUUAGUUGAUCCGGCGUCCGCCAUGCCCUGCUGGCAGCAGGCGACCUUCGGCUGCGAAACUACGGCUUCGUUCGACGUAGUUCGGUCGGUUCGGUCCGCGGACCACCGCCCGCCCAUUCCGUCUUUUGCGCAGGCGCAAUGUGUCCACGCAGUCCGCGCUUCGGAUUACGCUGAUAUCAACGUUCGAUAACACGUGCGAUGUUGUUGCUGUUGUUGUUGGUCUGUGAUCCGACCGUAUCGGCUUUGCAGAGAAGUUUUGUGUUCGGCGCUCGCGAUUCCGGCGAUUCCCCGGCCGCCCCCGGCUCUUGAACACCUGUGGCAUGGAUCCUGUUUUUAUGGAGGAAUGAUGGCGGCGGCCGUGCGGGAAUCGUGAGCUGGAAGAAGCAAACAAGAAGAUACAAAAGAGAACACGGUCUUCCUGAGACAAGCAUGGCGCUGUCCUUCCGGAGGCGUGGUCGGGGCAGAGAACAGAAAACCAGCUGGCCCGCCGUCUUGGCGACGUCAUGGCUGCUGUUCUUCGUCUUCGGCUUGUUCCGCUCGUACGGCGUCUUGUACCUGUUCCUCACCAGGAGCCUCCAGUUCAACCGAUGGAACGCUUCUCUGGCGUUCGCGGCUGUGGCGUCGGCAAAUGCUUUCUCCAGUGCGCUGUCCGGCCUUCUGAGUAAACGGGUGUCCGUGGUUACAUCCAACCUGUGCUGCUGUGUGUUGUGCGGAGUUGCUCUCUGCAUUGUCUGCGCCUUGCCGACGACUAUUGGACUCGUCCUCGCCGGUCUGAUGUAUGGUCUGGGACAGGGACUCAUAGAAUGUCGGAGUCAAACAUUCGUCAAGACCGCCUUCAGAAAGCACAGGGUCCUCGCCGUCGGCCUGUCUACGACAGGCAUCACCUUGGCGGGCGUAGUCUUUCCGUGGCUGCUUCAACACCUCUUACGGGAGUACGGCCUGAGGGGCUCUUCGCUGCUGCUGGGAGCCAUCACACUCAACGGCUGCAUCGGUACCCUACUCCAGAAGAUCACAAAGCCUCGGUUCCGUGCCCCGGUGAUCCCCAGCGGUAUCCUCAAGAACGGACACGUCGUCGAGAUGCGGGCUGUCAAAAAGCGCCAAAACGCCGCAGAACCGGAGCGUCGCGGAAACAACGUGGACUUCGAUGACCCCAACCAUCGGCCACAGAGAGGCUCGAUGCCCGAGUGUCUGCAACACCUGGGCGAAAGACCCGACGGUGACUCCGGCUGCGGAGUUCAAGACUACGCUUACCACAAGCUGAGAUCGGUGAGCAACAGCAAUGUCUGCGAUUAUGAAGCAGCGGGUCUUCCGAAUGACGGGACUCUGGGACUCGGCAGAAUGGCCUUGUCCCAGGACACCGUCUACGAGGAUUGCCAGUCCGAUUUCGAUCCCUGCGAACUGGAAGGACUCCCGACCUUUAAGCGUCGGAGACUUCUAACGGAAGGCUCAGAGUCCUACGUGUCCUGCUAUUCCGUCCUGGAACCAUCGCCGUACGACCUCGUGGAAACCAAGGAGACCGGGGAAGUGACUAUCCACAGAAGGUCCGUGUCGUCGGAGAGCAUAGUCAUCGUGCCCGUCCCAAGCAAAACCGAAGGAACCCUCCGCAGCCGAGCCACCAACUUCUUCAAACCUUGCCUCUCGUUGCUGAAACACGGCAUGUUCUACAUCUGUACUCUGAGCUUCUUCCUCUUGUACAGCAUCAACGUCAUUUACGGCAGCACCGCUUUGGACUUCGCGGUUGAUAAGGGAGUGCAUCCGGAUGGGGUUGUGGUGUUUCUCACAUACUUCUCGCUAGCGGACCUCGCUGCGCGGUUGGGGACAUCUUUUCUGACAAACUUUGAAGUGGGGUCAAAGAAGCUGAUGAUGAUGUGGGUCCAGUGCGCUAGCGGAGUGCUUUUCCUGGCCUCGCCGUACCUGAUCGGCUACGGCGCGAUGCUUGCCACCGCGAUCGUGCUGGGGCUGAACUUGGGAUGCAUCGCAGUGCUCCACAUCGUCUUGUUCGAAGACUACAUCGGGCUGCACCAUGUCGCCUUGGCGUUUCGGCUGUACCAUAUUGUAGUCGGCGUGAUGUCUCUUGUUAUGGUUCCGGUGAUAGGUUACUGCCGCGAUACGAUUGGCUCGUACGAUCCGCUCUUCCAAGUGUUGGGACUCCUGUGCCUUCUGAACGUCUUCUUCUGGAUCUUCGCCGAGCCUUUCUUCAAGAAGCAGCGUGCGAGCGCGCGCCGCAGUCGUGACGGCAACCCGAUGUGAGCCGCUUUUGCAUCACCUGAAAACGCACAAGGAACCGGAGGCGGUGGCAGGGACGCUCUCGAUCGGAUCAAGACCAAGACCGUGACCUGUACAGAAAUCAACCGCAGGCAGCAGCACGUCGCCAUCGGCGGGCGGCGGAGGCAGCAGUUGUGAAGUGGCAGCUGGAACUGUUAUCUCGUGACCGAAAAAAAAAAAAGUCAUCCAGGCUACAUUGGCAAAACACAUUCCAACAGUGCCCGCUUACGGCAAAUCCACAAAGGGUGGAAGAGGGCUCGAACAUUUUUGUGUCACAGGGUUCUCGUGUAUACCGUAAAAUCUCGAAUGAACGCCCACCCCCAGAAAAAAAAGGUAACAAAAAAAAUAUAUAUAUAUAUAUAUUAUAUAUAUCUUUUUACCUGCUAUCGUGGCAAGGGGAGUGGUAACACAAAAUGUGAUGCAGCGCCGCCGUUUCUGGCGCCCCAGCAACUCCGGUACCAGAACUUUGAGAACGAGACAUAUCGGAACAGAGAUGGAAGAGUCGCGUCGCUCUGCGGCUUCCUCGUGAACGACCCUAUUCAGAAAGCGCCGCGAAGUGGGCGAAAAAAGCAAAAACUUUUAGCCUUUCCACUUAGGUGAAGGAAGAGUUCAGCGAAGCUGUACUACGGUGGGCCCGCAAGUCGGCAAGCCGGAGUGUAAAGGCUCGAAAGGUUGCGCCAUCUAUGAGCGACGGCGGCAAGCGGACAACCGGCAAACACAACACUCUGAGCAGCUAUACCGCCAUCUAUGAGCGACGGCGGCAACCAGAGUUUUGUGUCGACAUUUCUUUGCGGGGGACACGAUGCGGGGGACACGAUCCUGGGGAAACUAGCCCUUAACAGCUCUGCUGUAGUAAGAGAGCGUAUGGUCGACACAAAAAGUGAAAGCUCGGAGUUCGCUUAGCGCGUGCUGCGACUAGAGCGCGUCGCUGGCGGCGCUGUGUUUGAUCACGUGACAUGAUACGCGGAAUAAACUCGGAACUACUCGAGCAAGACGUUCGGCUGGCGCUACUUGAGCGUUCGGUUGGCACUCGCGGUUUCCGUUUCAGAAGUGUGUAACCGAAAACGGUUAGGAGUUAGAUGUAUAGCUAAUUCAGCGUUAAAAUAUGAGGUGGUUGAUCGUUCGGGAUUUUAGGGUAUUUUUAACCUUACCCAGGAAUAGGAAUGAUCUGACUUUUGGUCACUACCAUCUCAACUCGCCGACUCAAGUACCACAGCCGGGGGACACAGUAUGCAAAGGAGACAGGUGCGCCAAACACUUCAAUGAAUGCACUAUCCCCGUCUGUGGCUAUAUGGAAUCUUCGCUUUCCCGUGACACUACUCAACUUUCCAAUGGUCCGCGACUAUCUCUUUCCAUGGUCCAUCCAUGAUCCCAGCAGCCACCGUGUCCGAGCGGGUCUUUCAUAUUGGUGGAGACUGUACCUCGCAGAAACACGUUCCAAUGUUGCAACUGGAAGCGGACGGAUUGACAGACUUCGAUGGCCGGAAGACGUAAGACUGUGAACGAAGACGCCCCGAAGCCGAAGCCACAGCAAUGCCCUUUCCCGUUCUUACCCGCUCGUAAAUAUCUCGCAACAUUUUUUUUUUACAUUGCGUAUCGUCGGUUUGAAGUGCGGUGUUUUCGCUUUCUGGCGAUGAGUCAGCAAAUCUCUUCUGACGCGCCAUCAGGCCGCACCUUAGCGCCGUGAGCAGUCAAUCAAACUUUGAGCACCCAUUGCCAUUUCACGAUCGCUACUCGGCUGGCGGGUCACGGACUUCCAGCAGACAGGCUUUCGCUUCGAUGGCGCGGCAGGGAAGUAUCCAGUGACAACGUGCAUAAACGACGGUAUUCAGACACACGCACGUCUUCUGUGGGGCGAUGACGUCAGACGUUCAUCCCUCUCAUUGUGCCUUUUUACCUAGUGGGCUGUGCAGCGCGUUCUGAACUCGCGCAAUAGCUCUUUUUCACGAAAUAUGGAGACGCUGUUGCGUCCACAGCCGUGACUGGGCAUUUCUUUCGCGUGGGUGAUAAGAGCUGGAAAAAUCUAUAAAAGCAAGAGCUGCUUUAUUUUUUUUUUUUUUUUAAAUCUUGUUUUGUACUUUAGAGGCUUUGUUACCGCGCGUAGACAAGCACUGACAGGCGCUUGUAAACAAUCGCGGCUCAAGCAUGAUGUAUCCAAACACAAGUUUUAGGCAGAGGCAAAGGGUUUUCAGGUUUAUUUGACGCCGUGCAUUUCCUCCCCUUCAGCGUCUACAUGUACCAACGGUCCGUGCCACGGGGUUCGACUUCGAGAAGUACAAAAGCGCACGUACACACAUCUCGUCGGCAGUCACAAUUCGCACUGGGGUCUCGUGUGUGUGUAAAUAAACGCGGCAGACAGAAUGUC